AUGAAUGCUAUGCACCAUUUUCUGCUUGUUCUUGCAGCCUUUUAUGUCAUAUCCAGUCAAUCAUCAUUUGCUGCUGCUGAUGAGGAUUUUCUCUGGGUUUGGUACCAUAUUUACAUCACUAAUGACUUGCCUGGUGACCCCUCGAAGACAUUGAUGGUUCACUGCAAGGACAAAACCAAAGACCUCGGAAUCAAGUAUCUGUCUCAGAAACAGGUGUUUCGCUUUAAAGCAUCUAUUGACUUCUUCAGAAGAAGGUUGUUUUUUUGCAAUAUGCAAUGGAAUGGAAAGCAAACUUACAUCGAUGCAUUUUAUGCAAAGAGAGACGAGAAUAGAUGCAGAAAACAUUGCAUGUGGUCGGUCAGGGAGGACGGGUUCUAUUUUAGCAGAGGAGACUCCCGAUGGAUUCGGGAGUACCAGUGGUAA